AUGUUUUCCCAGUGGGCCAAGCUAGUGGCAGCAAGAAGGUUGCCAGGAUACAGACCGCAAGUUUUGCCAGGGAAAUUUGAUAACGUUAUCAUCGCUAUGUCAUCCGGGGUGGACUCGUCCGUUGCGGCAGCGAUAUUUGCUGAUCAGUACCCGAACGCUCGAGGAAUUUACAUGCAGAACUGGUCCAAAUCGCAGUCUCUGACUGAUCCAAGCAAAGAGGCCUGCUACGAGAGAGAUUGGAAGGAUGUUGUGAGAACUGCAGAGCAUCUAGCUAUCCCAGUCGAUAAGGUCAACUUUGAGCAGGAGUACUGGAUAGACGUAUUUGAGCCGAUGUUGGACAGCUACAGCAGGGGCUGGACCCCAAAUCCAGACGUCUCGUGCAACAAGUUCGUCAAGUUCGGUAAGUUGCGGCACCAUCUGAAUGCAAAAUACGGGAAGGGGAACUACUGGCUGGUAACGGGACACUACGCCCGGGCAUUAGACUGCGAGUGGGACAAUGAGACGCACCUUCUGCGAAGUUACUACUUGCAAAAGGAUCAAAGCUAUUAUCUGUCCCUCAUCCCGCCGUCUUUUCUUCCCAGAGUGCUGUUUCCGAUGGGACACCUAACAAAACCUGAAGUGAGACAGCUUGCCAAGGACAUCGGCCUACCGUCGGCUGCGAAACCCGACUCCCAGGGGAUAUGCUUUGUCAACAAUUCACAACAUGGGAAGUUCAAGAAUUUCCUGCAGCAUUACCUGCCGGAGUCCAAGGGCCACAUUGUGACUGUCGAUGAAGCUACGGGAAAGAAACGAACAUGGGGCGAGCAUGGCGGGCUCUGGUCUUACACGAUUGGCCAAAAAAUAGGGUUUUCCAUGCCACAGGGAGAUCCCAGAUAUGCGGGCGCAUGGUACGUGAGUGAUAAACUGCAAGAUACAAACGAGCUUGUCAUUGUUCGAGGUUCCAACCAUCCCGCGCUGUACAAGAAAGCUCUUGAUGUUCAAAAUUUCACCAUACAGGGACUCAAGCAAGCCAAGAUUAAGGCUGAGAUUGCCGCUGCAGCCAUGAGCGGGACAUUGACAAUGCAGUACAGAUCUCUGCAAGAACCAAUUCCCGUACUGGCAACCGAGCUGCCCGACAACAAGCUGCUACAUGUAGAACUGGUCGAAAAACAGAGAGCGAUGGCUCCAGGCCAAAACUGCUGCCUAUAUCUGGGCGACAGGAUACUUGGCAGCGGAACGAUAAGCAAAGUCGAGUAA